AUGCAACGUGGCAACGUACCACGUCGUCUGACGGUGACGACGUGGUAUCGUCACUGUCCGGUUGAUUUGGGCCACCCAAGUGCCACGUCGAUGUGGCAAGCCCCCUCGACCCCCAGUGCUCAAUUUCCAGGUGCCACGUCGCACACCGCCCACAAACGUGCCCCGCCGGCCAUGAAAAAACGUGCAGCGCCCACGAACAACGCCCAGCGCCCAGCUCCACCAUCCUACAGCUCAGCGAUGAGCGCCCACGACAACGACCACGACAACGCAACAACGACACACGACAACGACGACACGCGACAACGACAACGAGACGACGACACGCGACAACGACAAUGCGACAACGACGACACGUGA